UUGUCGGAAAUCAGAUUUUAGGUGUUGUUGUUCGUUUUUGAUCUCAUCGUCGUUUCUCGCGUCGAUUUUUGGUGGAUUUAGGUAAAUCUUUAGCUAUUCAGUGGAAGAAUCUCUACUACAGAAGCAGAGAACAUUAGGCUGGGAUUUGUUUUCGUUUAGGGUUUUCAUUCGGUCUUUUGAAGUUAUUUUUUGGUCCCAGGGUUCGAAUUUUGAUCUUCUCGUCGUUAAUCGGGUCGAUUUUAGGGUCAUGCUUAGGUAAUUUUGUAAACUCAGUCGAAGAAUCUCUACUCGAGAGGCAACAAAGGUUCAGCUGUUGCAAGUGCGGGUUUUGAUCGUUCUUUUGGUGGGAGUUUAGGUCCCACAAUUCGGUUUUGAGCGUCGUGGGGUUGAUCGGGCGACUUUCGGGGCAUUUUUAGCUGAUUUUAGCGGCUCAGUCGAAGAAUCCCCACUCGGGAAGCAAAGCAGAUUCGGAGCAGUUACUGCGUGAAUAUGAUUUCCUCUCGCAGGGAACGGUGUAAUGGGCAUUGAAGUCGUCCCCUCUUCCAAUUGUAAAUACCAUUGUUAAUAAGGACCAUUUUGGAAAUUUAUUCACUGUAAUCAACAUGGGGGCCAACUGCUGUGUUGCUGCAAAGGACAAGCCUUUGCCCAGUGCAACUCGGUGUGAGGUUUCUACGUAUAGGAAUAUGAGGCAAUCUCCUUCUUGGAGCUUUCGGUGGGAUAACCGAACCCACAUAGAGGAUAUAAUGGAUAAUACUGCUCAGUUUUCUCAGCACAGUAGCAACAGUAGUACUGCUGCUUCUGAAAUAAAGAAUGAAGCUGUCGUAGAAAAUGAAGGUCUUUUAGUUGGUGGAAGUUCACUUGAUGCCAUUUCUGCAGAAAAACAGCGAAAAUCUCAUCUUGAGACUGGAACUACUGGGAAAUCUAAAGCUGUCUUAACAGAUCAAACCAUGGAGAGCAACUUUUCCGCGGAGGAGAAGGAUCCCGUGAAGCCUUCUGGCAAAGCAAGUGUCGAUUCAUCGAAACCCUCAACCUCUCUUCCUCAAACCCCGUCCUCUUCUACUUUUAAAUCAGACCCUUCCUCCUCUACAAGCCAUUCUCAGCUGUCCGGUCCAGCAUCAUCCAAGAAGCCACGCCAAUCUGACUGCAGGUCCUCUUCCGAUGGCUGGUCCAUGCACUUGUUCUCUGAGCUCAUCUCUUCUUCUCAAAGAGAAAGAUUGUCAUUUGACAGUGAAAACCAAAAUUCCAUAAACACUAGUAAGGCAUCAAGAUCAAACACUCAACAAUCAUCCCCCCCACUGUCCCCAGAAGACCAAAAAUGCAAAAUAUGCUUGAAGAAACUGAAGGAAAAAUCCCCAUGGAGUACUCAAAAGAUAAUUUCCACCAAUGAGCUUUCUGUUGUUGCUAUCUUAUUCUGCGGCCAUGUUUACCAUUCUGAAUGCCUGGAGAAAAUGACUACAGAAGCUGAUAAAUACGACCCUCCUUGCCCUAUGUGUACCCAUGGCGAGAAGUUUAUGUCGAAGCUAUUUGCGAAAAUCGAAUCAAAGGUUAGGAACAAGGCGUCCAAAAUCUCGGUUAUUGAUAUUGAUCCUGGUGGCGGGGGUAAUGCUCUGUCUGAGAAGCACCAAAAUGGAGGUCCGGGUAAAGGGCUUAAAUUGGGGGCGAGUUCUAGCAUGAAGGGCUCAACCAAGCAGCCGUUUUUAAAGCGGCACUUCUCGCUCGGUUCGCGGUUCUCACGGACGGUAUCUGAGAGCGAGUCCUCGAGAAAGAAGGGGUUUUGGGGAAGAUUAAGGGAUUGAAGGUGCCCCCUCCACGCCGCUCUCCUCUCUCUCUCUCUCUCUCUCUCUCUCUCUAAAUUUAAUCGAAGAAAAGAGGUGAGCUGCUGCUUUGGUUCUUUAUAUGUUUCGAUUAAUCAAAAUACAGGCAUUACAUCGAGGCAAUCUUUUCCCCACACCACUAAGAAUAUUCAAAUAAAUUUGCCGCUCUUCUCGAUUGCCUUUCUAGAUUGAAGGGUAUAAUGUAUGCUUAGUUCUUGUACUAUCCUGAUAUUGUGACUUUGCCCCCGUUAUUUUACCUUCAACACACAAUCCCCGAAUUUUUACAAAUGUGGCAGUUUAGCCCUGCACAGUCAUAUUGAAAAUCUAUUCUUUUGAAGUAGCCAUUUUGCUCGUUCAUUUGUAGUCUAUUUACAAGUAACAUGAGAUAUUUUUUAUGGUUAGGGACCACCAACGAAAUACAUGUUCAAGCCCGGGUUUAGAUUAUUGAGUCACAAUGUCGGGAAUCGUACUGGUUCUAUGCAUGUAGUUUCACUUGAUCUAAUGCUUGGACACUUCCUAUUUCACUAUACAAGUACAUUUAUUAGUGUGUAAAUUUUAGCUGAACAAAGCAUUAUAAAGUUACCGGUGAAGUGGAAAAGAAAAAAAAGAAAGAAGAGGGUGUGGAACUACUCUAUCUCUCAAGCUUCCCUAAAGCCUACUUCGCUUGUCGGAGAAGGGGAUGAAGUAGUAAAUAAUCUAGCAAAUAUAUUAAAGGGAGAUUAGAUGCAACUAAUCUAUGGUACAAGUAUUAAGCGAGUUUUGUAGCUUUUUGUCCUUUUUUUUUUCCCGUUAUUUGUCGCUGUAGUCGGUGAUCUUGUAUACUCGUUUCAUUUGGGGGAUUUUCGUAUCAGAACAUGUAUUGAUGAUAGUAAUGGUAUAUUUUGAACGCUAUAUUUGUGCUCCC